CCAUGCUUUAGAAAACAAAAAUAAAGAAAUUAGUAAGACCAUGCUUCCCUCAAAUUAACGCGAUUGUGCUUCUCCUUCAAUUCUUAGCGAUUUCAUAGUUCCGAGUUCAUCAAUGGCGGAUUCCGCUUCACAGAGCCGAUCUCGCGACCUCGACAAGCUCCUUCUUCGUCCCGGCCACCUCGUCGGCCCAGCUUUCGAACCCGGCGAAGAACUGAGAGAUGAUAUCCGGGAGUUUGUUAGACUGUUGGUUGUUGGGGCUGGAGGAUUAGGGUGUGAAUUGCUGAAGGAUUUGGCUUUAUCUGGGUUUCAAAACAUUGAGGUCAUUGAUAUGGAUAGAAUCGAAGUCACCAAUCUCAAUCGCCAGUUUCUCUUCAGACUUGAAGAUGUUGGGAAGCCAAAGGCUGAAAUUGCUGCAAAGCGAGUAAUGGAAAGAGUUAGUGGUGUGAACAUUAUUCCACAUUUCUGUAGGAUUGAGGAUAAACCACUGAGCUUCUAUAGUGAUUUCCACAUUAUUGUUCUUGGCCUUGAUUCUAUGGAGGCUCGAGGCUACAUAAAUGCUGUGGCAUGUGGAUUCCUAGAGUAUGACUGUAAUGACAACCCAAUUGAAGAGACAAUCAAACCUAUGGUGGAUGGUGGAACUGAAGGUUUCAAAGGGCAUGCAAGGAUUAUAAAGCCAGGGGUCACUCCAUGUUUUGAGUGCACAAUUUGGCUUUUUCCUCCUCAAGUUAAGUUUCCCUUGUGCACUCUAGCAGAAACGCCUAGAACUGCUGCUCAUUGCAUUGAAUAUGCACAUUUGAUCAAAUGGGAUGAGAUUCAUAGUGGCAAAAGUUUUGAUGCAGAUAAUCCUGAACACAUGCAAUGGGUCUAUUCAGAGGCUGUUAAGAGAGCAGAUCUCUUUGGAAUUCCAGGAGUUACAUAUUCUUUCACACAGGGUGUUGUGAAAAAUAUCAUACCUGCUAUAGCAUCCACAAAUGCUAUUAUUUCAGCUGCCUGUGCUUUGGAAACCUUGAAACUUGUCUCUGGAUGCAGCAAAACAUUAUCCAAUCAGUUAACGUAUAAUGGAGUUGACGGUCUUAACACGUCUGUGACUGAGUUUGAAAAGGAUAAAGAAUGUCUUGUUUGUGGUCCUGGUGUUCUUAUUCAACUAGACCCUUCAGUCACCCUGAAAAAGUUCAUUGAUAUGCUUGAAGAUCAUCCAAAGCUGCUCCUGACUAGGGCUAGUGUGACAUACAGAGGGAAGAAUCUGUACAUGCAAGCGCCUCAAGUGCUGGAAGAGAUGACUCGGUCAAAUCUUGAUUUACUAUUGUUUGAUCUCAUGGAUAAAGCUCCCCGAGAUAUAAUUCAUGUGAAUGGCAUGGCCGGGAAGGGCGAUACGAAGCGAUCUUGCUUGAGAAAAUUAUGCGUGGCUUUCAAGGGUAUUACUGAUGGAGCUAGCGACAUGGACAUGGCCGGAGGGGCAUAACUGUCAUUCUGUGUUGCUCUUUAUUACGGAGCGUGUUACUUCGCUGUAACAAAUCAGGAAGGGAAAAAAAAGAAUAGCAAUUGACAAGGUGAAGUCUGCAAACCCUUCAUUUUUGUAACAUUUCUCCUGGUAAUUUUGUCAUCAUAAAUGUGAAAAUAAUGU